CGUUUCCGUUCGCCAAGCACGGCCAGAGCGUCCCUAGCACCGGUACAGAAGGACGCGGGCGGAUCUCUUCCGCCGGACUCGAGUGACAGUUCGACAAAAGAUACGAGAUGAGGUCGUUAUUCUUGUUAGCGGCGAUCUGCUGUUUAGUGUUCUCGGCAUGGGCAAGCCCUAUUGCAAGGUCAGAGGAGCAGGAUAAGGAAAAUGGUAGACAAGCAGCGGCAGCGGCGGCUCCCGCUGCACCUGCUGCGUCUGCCGAUGACGACGAUGAUGAUGACGACGAUGACGAUGAUGACGAUGACAUAGAUCUUGACGAUGCUCUUGCAGGAGAUGAUGAUGACGACGACGACGAUGAUGAUGAAGACGAUGAUGACGAGGCAGAUGACGAUGAUGAUGAAGAUUAUCUGGAGAGAUUCUUCGAUGACAUCUUAGGAGGCGAAGAUGACGAUGACGAUGAAGAUACCGCUGUUGUACAACCAGUAGCCGCUCCAGCUGACACAUUAGCCGCUGCGCCUGCGCCUUCCCCCGCUGUAGAUGAAGUCGCUGCUGCUGCUGAAGAUGCGGAGUCAGCUGAACCAGAAGCUGCUACAGAUGGCGAAGAAUUAGAAGGGGGGCAGAAAGAACCUUCCAGCGCUGAGGUUGAAGCCCCAGCUGCUGAACCUGCUGCCGAUGCUGAAGCCGAAGACGAUGACGAUGACGACGAUGACAUUGCUGAUGCCCUUGACCCCGAGGAUGACGAGGAUGACGAAGAAGAAGAGGACGAAGAUGAUGACGAUGAUGACAUCACAGAUGCCCUCGGAAGGAACAUCUCCACUAAGCAUCCACGAGCACUAUCCAACGAGCCUGCAAAAAAACCAGCACCAGUACCAGCGAUUUAUAUAGUCAAGUACAACAGAUUUGUCGAUAAUAUACUGGAGAAGAUGAACGAUAUAUUAAGAAAGUCUUACGAUCCUGUCAGUGUAAAACUGCAGCCGAUUGAUGCCACUAAGAAGAGUUCAAAACCAAAGGACAAGAAUAAGAAGAAUAAGAAGAAAUCAAAUAAAAGGAAGUCAUCACACAAGAAAAAGAACAACGCUCGUGCAGGUGAUUCUGAAAAGAAUAAAGAGAAAAUAGAAUCACUUCAAACUGAAAAUCCUGAAGUGGCUCCUGUCAAGAAAAUUGAAGACAAUCAAAUUGGUGUUACUGAAAUAAAUAAUCGACUAAUUGAACAAAUACAAAACGAGACUGCGGAGUCUAGAGCAAACAAAGAAAAAAUUGAAAAAGCCAAACCUACUACAAUUAGAACGAAACCUCCUGUAAAGGCAUCGAAACCAAAACCUAAACCAAAGCCACCAACAAAAACAACUACAAAGAAACCAGUUAACAAAAACAAAACAAAGACAUCAAGUGAAAAGAAUAAGCCUAGAGCUAAAGGUACACUUUAUGGCCUAUCAACAUUGAGGCGAACAGAUGAUGUUGCAGUUAGCAUUAUGUCAGAUCACACAACAGUCAAGAGCAAUUUUGCAAUUGGGCCUCUAAUUUUAAGAGUAGAAAAAGAGAUUGGUCGAGGAGCUAAAAAGGAACUCAAGUCUGCAACAGCUACGACAGCAGAGAUGACAGGCAAACUUACACUCAGAGUCAAUAAUCAGGGUGUAGCUACAUUACACUCCAUUAAGGUCCUACAGCCAAAGCAGGUUCGUGUAGACAGCAAUCACGAACGUACUCGCGAAUUGGCGUGGCGACGUAGCGCGAGGAUUGCACAUGUGGUUUCUGAAAAACUGCGUUCUGCAUCCAAACCAAUGUUCCACUAUGCCAUAAAACCAUAAGUUUUAAAGCUUAUGUUGCGAAUAUAGGCUAUUUCAAUUGAGACUGUAUAAAAUUGAAGAAUAUGCAUUUAUUAUUUUAUAAAUUCAUGUAGUGUUAGGCAAAUAAUGAAUUUAUGGUUGUAUUAAUAUGACAGGUACCUCAUUGGUUGGAAUUUUGGUACAAUAAGCAUUUAAAAAAAAUUGUACAGUGAGCGAUUGGUUAAAAGAAUUGAUUUAACCUAAUUGGUAACGGUUUAAAUUUAGUAUAGGUUUUAAAGUAUAAUAUUAAUCGAGAGUAAUGAUUAAUUAUGAUACUCAUUAUUUUAUAGUCAGAAAGUGCAUUUAUAACUUUUAGUUCACAUGGUGCUAAGUAAGUUUAGAAAAAUAUUUUAAUAUACUAUUUAAAUAUUUUUAUUUUAUAAUUACAUAAUGUAAUAAAUUAUUAAUUGAUG